AUGUCCAUGUCAUCGUCAUUUAUGCGACACCUAAUCGUGCCACUCUGUCUGAUCGUCGCUCUCAGCUCCGCUGAAGACAUAUCCACCGCACAACGGCAUCACAAGAAACGGCAAAUUUAUCGCGAACAAGUCUUGCCACAUGCGGGUGGCAAAAUACCAGACUCGGCCUUUCAAACGGAUCGCCUCUUUUUGAAUCGAUUGCAAAAGGAGGGCAUAUCCGUGCCCGAUGGCAUUGUGCCAGAGACCCGCACACCCCAGGUCUAUCAAUACUAUAACAAGCCCAUGCGUACGGUGUUCCACAUAGCGCUCAGCUCCGAUGGACGCUACACUGCCCGGGAGGGUCGCUUCCACUACCGCCAAGUGCCGACUGUGGAGACAACCUAUCUGUAUCCGCAGGCUGUGGGUCGGCCGCACGUUUUGGUGCCGCCCAAGCAUGCGCUACCUGUCUACAAUCAAUUGCAGUUGCACAAUCCGCUGCUCAAUCAAGUGAAACUGCAAUCGAAAAAAACGCCCAAUUUCUUGGAUCUGGCGCCCACAGUGGGCAAAAGCCAUGCCACUAGCUCAUUAAAGGCCGAAUCCUAUCAGAAUGUGAAUCUGUUGCACACGCCACUGUUGCCAUUCAAGAAAACCCUCGGCGGCAGCCAGACCUAUGUGGAUAGUUAUGGAACAACGCAUCUUUACAGCGAACUGGAUCAAUUGUUCAACAAAUUCGAUUUACAAUCCACGGCGCAAAAAUUGUAUUAG